UGUGCGUUUUCUUUUCUUUUUCGAAAAAAAAAGAGGGACAACCACCGCCGCCUGGACUCGUCUCGCCCGCGGCCGAUCUCCUCUAUCCGCUCGCCUCGCCGCAACCCGGAGAGGAGACUGCGCUCGGUCCAGCACCACCUGGGGCCCAGUUCCUCGCGACCAUCUCCGGCACGGCGCCCGCCCUCUGCAGCCCCGGUGUCCCUGCGACAGUCGCUGCUGUCCUACUUCGCCACUCGCCACUCGCCACUUUGGCCGGCGACGAGCACCACCAGGACACUAGUACAUGUUUGCACCCAUUCCCUUUAAUGGGUCCUCCCUAUUGUAGAUGGCCACAAAACUUGACCAUUCUUCUGCGGAGCAUCGCCAAGCAAAAUCCACAGCGCCAUCGUCUUUGACCCCCAAGAUCUCAAUGUUUGGGGCAAAAGCUGGAUUCGUUAUACCUAAGAACAAGCUAGCCGGCUCACUCGUAGUCCGGAGCACCAGUGCUAAGAAUGAAACGCCAGUUGCAUCCAGGGAAGAUAGCAGCAGACAUGUUCAGAGAAAGACAAAGUGGGCACCUGACCUUGCUUUGGACCCCGUCGUGUGCAAAGGAAGGGCAUUGGCCUACCAGACUCGAGUGGAGCAAAUUACCAAGAAGCUGAAGUCUGGAACUUUGGAUACGUCCGAAAUUGAUGGUUCAUUGUCUGCUGGAAAUGAUUUGAAUUAUAUUGGUUCUGACGUCUUGAAAGAGAAUGAGCUGGGAAAUGUUGAACUAUUAGAACUUGAAAGACGAGAGCUUAUUGGUGAAAUUCUCCGUUUAAAUCCAGGAUAUAAGACGCCUGAGAACUACAAACCAGUACUUAAGGAGACAAAAGUCCCUCUUCCGGUAUGUAAGGCAGAAGCACAUCCAGGACAUAAUAUUAUUGGAGUUCUUCUAGGACCUGAAAGCAAUACCCAGAAGCGACUACAUGAAGAAACUGGAGCUGUCAUUCGAGUAUAUGGGACUAAGAAAAUCAAUGGAGAAAAGAAUGAGAUUCGUCAUCAAGACAUAAAUGAAGCACAAGAUGCUUAUGAAGACCUAUACAUCAAUGUAUCGGCUGACUCUUAUGAUAAAGUAGAUGCUGCAGUUGUGUUGAUUGAGCUGCUUCUUGCUCCUGUUUCCGUAAAGUCAACAGCUACUUCAACAACUACUGCUGUUCCUUCAGAAGUUACCUCCAAGGAUGCAGUUUCAGCAAAUGUGCAACUGGUGCAGAAUACCACUUCACAGCCAGAUUUACUUCAUUACCAAUCACACAACGCUCCUUGGCUGCCCACACCCCAGACCAAUGCUCCAUCAAUACCUUCUAUGGGGCCUGUUUUGAGUACAUUACCUAACAAUUCAUUGCAGCCACAACCGCCUGCUGGUUCUUUCAGUAUGCUUCCAUAUACAGGUCAACCUCCUCACAUGAAUAGCAUGCCAAGAAAUCCAUUUCCUGUUCCUGGGCCUCAGCAAUCAACACCAAGCAAUCAGCAACAUCCACCUCAAUUUCGAGCUAAUAACUCCUCAAUUGGGCCUUCUUUUGGUCAACCGCCUGUUAUAGUAAGCCCACACAUGACACCAUCUUCCUCAAUGCCACCACCAGUUAGACCUCUUCAAAUACCCCAUCCAUCUGGUGGUUGGCCACCUUUUUCUCCUGUUACGCCACAAUCUCAGAGGCCUCUGCAAGCUUCACCGACUUUUAUGGCAGUGAGACCUCCUAUUUCUGUCUCUCCUGUUGGUGCAACUCCACCACAAGGUCCCGUUGCAUUGGCACCAUCAAAUAUGCCCACAAUGUACCGUGGCCAGCAUCCACCAGUACCAAAUUUCACUGGUUCAGCACCAUUCGUUUCCAGGCCUCCUGGUGGACCUCAGUCUUUUCCUACAGCUGUGCCUCAAGGUCCUUCCUCAGUAGCAUUUCCUGGUGGGGCAUCACCGCAGUCACCUUACCCUCCAACACCUGAUCAGAUGAGAGGGCCACCUCCAGCUUUCUCUCCAGUUGGAUCAACUCCUGGCAUGGUGCCUCCAUCAAUUGCAUCUUCCGGCCCGCCUGCCCCAGGUCCUGCAAGCACAAGCGGCAGUCAGGCACAAAUGGCCCCUUUGAGACCUCCACUCCCAGUCAUGGGUGAUUUUACUUUUCGGCCUGUCGUAUCACCAGCGCCUACUCCAGACUUCGCAGCACCAAGCAGUCAAAUGGGAAUACAAGACAGAACUCACCCUGGACCAUUCUUCCCUCCUAGCAAUCAGAACCCCAACCAAGGUUUCCAAAGGCCUUUUGAUGGCAGGCCUAUGAAUAUGAUGGGUCAGCCUCGGAUGCAUCCUCCACCUCCACACUUCCAUGGAGCCUUCUCCAGGAAUCCAUCUCCUCUCGAGUUCCCUGCAGGGUUCCAGGGGGUCUGGCCAGCAGUACAAGCACCUCAUAUGCCGGCACCAUCAAAUCCGUCAAAUUUCCUGCCUUCCCGGACAUUUCAGUUGAGGCCACCGCCACAACAGGAUAUGUCUGGUGCAGGUGGCAACAGGCAGGGUGGCAAUCAAAUCUACAACCCUUUUGCACCAACAGCAGCUCAGAGAACAGAGACGGACCCUGAGUAUGAGGAUCUCAUGGCAUCAGUUGGCGUGAAGUAGCGCUGGCUGCUGACCCCUGAUGUGUGGGAAGUCAAUCCAAGCUGUGGUUAACUGGUGACACAAACACAAUGGCUCUAUUGCUUGCCAAGAUGUGCGAGUUACUAAUCUCCUAUGUAUCUCUAGAUGACUAGAUAGUGAAUUCCAUCAAAGGCAGAUGCCUGAAAUAAAAAUGAGUGGACCUUGUUUGAGAAUGCUGUUGGGGUGUCGAAGGUUGUGUUUUGGCAUCACAAUAACCUCAUGCAUGUUACUCCCGGCAUCAGUUGAUGUUUAUUUUAGGGAGAGGAAUUUGUGAACCUUGUUAUUAAAAGAGCUGGAAGAAAAUAGAGUUUAUAGUGCUUGGUAUUACUA